AUGUUUACUGAAGAUAAUCAACAACAACAUCAAAAUUUACAACAAUCAACCCAUCAACAACCAACAGAUACUCCAUCAUCUCAACAUCAACAAUUAACAACAAAUUCAUCAAAUUCUACUACAUUAUCUUCUAAUUCAUCACAAAAUACAAUAUCAACAGUAAAUAGUGUAACACCCUCACAUCAUAAUAAUAGUAACCACCACCAUCAUCAUCACCAUCACCAUCAUCCACAUCAUAACACCCACACUACAACCACUGCUCAUCAAUUUAGACAAGUUUGUUUUAAUCCAAGUACAACAAAAGUUUUAAAUUCAUCAUUAACAAAUACUUUGCCAUCAUCUUCAUUAAAUGCAACAACUAAUCCAAAUUCUUUAAUUACACCUGUUUCUACCCCAUCAAAUAUUCCUCAACAAGUAGAGACAGAACAACAAGGUAUUAACAGUAGUAGACAAAAUUCAACUAGUCAUAAAAGAUUAUCAUCAUCAUCAUCAUCUACUCAAUCAUCUGAUUCAUCAAAACGCAUGAGAUUAGAUAAUUCAACUAUUACUAGUACUACUAAUACUAUUGCUAAUACUACUAAUUCAACAACAAAUACUCCAAUAAAUAAGACACCUAAAUUUAUACGUAAGUUUAGAUCUAGAUCUUUACCUAUUAUAAAUUUUAAUUCAAAUAAUUCAGCUGUUUUUUCACAUAAUUUAAGAAGAAAACAUAAUUUUAAUACUCAACAACAACAAACACAACCAUCACAACCACCACAGCAACAACAACAAUCCACAAACACAAAUAAUUCCUCAUUUUCAUCAAUUCCUCCAUUACCACCAAUUAAUUUACAAUCUCUUAAAGAAAUAGAUUUACAUGAAAUAUUAAAAAAUCCUCAAUUAAGACAUGAUAUAUUAUUUGAUCCUCAAUUACAAUUUAGACCAAAUUUAGAUGGUGAAAGAGGUAAAAGAAAAAAAUCAAUAAUUGAUAAAUAUUGGUUAGAAAUUCAAAAAGAAUGUCAACAAUUUUUUACUCCCAACAUAAAUCCAAAAUCAAUAAAAAUUAAUAGAUUACCUAUAUUAUUUACAACUUUAAGAGAUAUAUUAUUAAGUUUAUUACCAACAAAAGAUCGUUCACAAGUUAAUGAAAUAAUGGAUAUUGAUUUAUUAAUUCAACAAUUACGUCAUGGAUCAUUUGAUUUUGUUGAAAUGAGUAAAUGGUUAGCUGAUGUUUUUAAAUCUCAUUGUGCACCAAUGAGAGAUCAAUGGGUAAUGGAAAUGAAUUCAAAAUUUAUUGAUUCUUAUAAUUUAAAUUCUGUUCUGCACCUAAUUGGUGGAUUAAGAAUGAUUUUUCAAAUUUUAGAAGCAAUGAAAUUAGAUGUUGCAAAUCAUCAAAUUAGAAUUUUAAGACCAGUUUUAAUUGAAACUGCAAUUGAUUUUGAAAAAGAUUAUUUUCAAACUUUAAUAAAUCAUAAUAAAAUUAAUAUAAAUGAUUCAUUAAAUUGGUUUUAUAAAAAAUUUUUAAAAAAAUUAAAUUUUAAAAACCCAAAAUUUGAAAUUAAUGAGAAAAAUUUAAAACCAAUAAUAAUAAGUUCAAUUAUUGAUUUAUUAAGUUGUAGACAAAUGGCUACUGAAUUUCCUUCAACUUUAACUUUUGAUCAUACAAGAUUAGUAUUAUUAAGAGCUGAUGUAAGACAAUUAGUUUGUGUUCAAUUAUGUAUUGUAUUAUAUAAGCAAUUAAUUGUAAAUUCAAAAUCAAAUAUAAAAUUAUUAUCCCAAGAUUCAAUUUCAAAAGUUCAACAAGAAAUUUUAGCUAUUGUUACUGAUGAUAAUGGAAAUAUAAAAUGGACAAAAAAUAUAAAUUCAAUAUCAAUACAAUUAGUUAAAAAUUUGAAUUUAGGUGGUGGUGAUAACAAUGAUAACAAAGAAGUUUUACCUCAAAAUUUAAUUGAUUUUAGUCAUAAUUGGUUAAUGAAACAUAUUCAACCAAAUUCAGAAGUUUAUGGAUUAAUGGAAAUCAAAAUAUUUAAAGAAUUAAUGUCUGAAAUAAUGAAUUUAGUUUCGUCUGAAGAUAAAAAAGAAAAAGUUACUGCAACCACUACAAAUUCAACAACAUCUACAAACACUACAUCAACAACAAACAAUUCAAAUUCAGAAAUGAAAAAUAUAGCAACAAGAAUAUCAACAUUAGUAAAUUUUCAUUGGAAUGUAUUUGGAUCUUAUUAUUUAGAAUAUAUUCAAAAACAAUAUACAAAACAACAAAUUGCAGAAGAAGAAGAAAUUAAAAAACAACAGCAAAAGGAAAAAGAAAAACAACAACAACAGUUACAAAACACUACCAGUUCUUCUUCUUCGUCUAAAGAAAAUGAUUCUGUUAUUUUAGAUCAUCAAUCGAAUAAUAAUUCCAAUAAUAAUGCCAAUAAUAAUAAUAAUCAACAGCAAGCACAACAACAACAAUCACAACAGAAUCAACAACAACAACAAAAUGGAGAAAUAGAUACAACUAAUUCAGCACCAUUAAGUUUAUUAUCAUAA